GACGCCCGCUGCACCAGAAGUCGGCAAUUUGUUUAAAUAUGUGCUGUAAUAUUGAUUGCUGAGCUGUAAAAAGAAGUUUUCAAGAGAGUCGUAACUAUCAAGUAUCAAAUACAUAAAAUCAUGACGAUAGCCAUAGGUUUUGAAGGAAGUGCAAAUAAAAUUGGUAUUGGUAUCAUUGAAGAUGGUAAAGUUUUAUCAAAUGUGAGGAAAACAUACAUUACCCCCCCUGGUCAAGGAUUUUUACCAGGACAAACGGCCAAACACCAUCAACAGUAUAUCUUGGAUAUUCUUGACAAAGCCUUAGAAGAAGCAAAAAUUAAACCUGAAGAUAUUGACUGUUUAUGCUAUACAAAAGGUCCAGGUAUGGCUGCCCCGCUUGUGUCCGUUGCAGUGGUUGUGAGGACUUUGGCUCAGAUUUGGAAGAAACCGAUUGUUGCUGUCAAUCAUUGUAUUGGUCAUAUUGAGAUGGGCAGACUUGUUACUGGAGCCCGCAAUCCAAUAGUCCUUUAUGUCAGUGGUGGCAACACUCAAGUGAUUGCAUAUAGUCAGAAAAGAUAUCGUAUAUUUGGUGAAACUAUUGAUAUAGCUGUUGGAAAUUGUUUAGAUAGAUUUGCUCGAGUUCUUAAGGUCUCCAAUGAUCCCAGUCCAGGUUAUAACAUUGAACAGAUGGCUAAAAGAGGUAAAAAAUUUAUUGAACUUCCUUAUGUCGUCAAAGGAAUGGAUGUUUCAUUUUCUGGUAUUUUAUCUUACAUUGAGUUCAGCUCACAACUUAUUAAAGAAAAAAUGUGUACUGCAGAAGAUCUUUGUUUUUCUCUUCAGGAAACUGUUUUUGCAAUGUUGGUGGAAACUACUGAGCGUGCUAUGGCACAUUGUAAUGCAGAUGAAGUUUUGAUUGUUGGAGGAGUUGGCUGCAACGUCAGACUUCAAGAAAUGAUGGCUGUAAUGGCAAAGGAAAGAGGAGCCACAGUUUAUGCCACGGACGAAAGAUAUUGUAUUGAUAAUGGAGUAAUGAUUGCUCAGGCUGGCUGGGAAAUGUUUCGUAGUGGUCACGUUACAUCCUUAGAAGAUACCUGGUGUACACAGAGGUAUCGAACUGAUGAAGUGGAGGUGACUUGGAGGAAUUAGAACGUCGUCUGCUUGGCCUUGGAAGAAUUUGAACAUGGUCAGGUUGACCUUGGAGGAGUUUAACAUCGUCAUGUUGACCUUGGAGGAAAUUAUGCAACGUCAUGUUGAAGUUUUAUCAUUUCAUAAAUUGAUGAUUUCAAUCUUGGAACACAAAACUGACGUAAGAAAGUACAUUGAUAUUUUAUUGAAAAUAUUCACUCUUUGUAGAAAAUAUUCUGCUCCUAUUGAGUUGCAAUUUCACCUAAACAAAUUUUUUCUACAAUUCUAAUGGCUAAUUUACACAUUAAAUUGUUCUUGCAACGAAA